GAACGCCGCCAGCUCCAGGAAACCCGGCUAGCGGUGGGAGAACGGGAAAAUUUCCCGCUGGGAAAAAUACAAAUAACGUGCCGUGAGGGUCGUGCCCCGGUGCCAGGGGCAGGACGGAGGCCUGGGCAGGGGGAGGGAGGGAGAGAGGAAACCCCUGCCCGGUGCCCGCCGGCGGAGCAGCGGCGGAGCGGGAGGCAGAAGUUUUAACUUCCACCUGCCCUGAAGUCGCCGCUGCGCCGGCAGCAGGAGGCGGAGGCGGGGGCGGAGGCAGGCGGGGCAGCCGAGGACCCGGCUCUGGCAGGCUCCGAGGGUCCGGCCGGGUGUAAUUCCCCCCUAAUCCCCGCCACGGCGGCGCUUCCCUGGCCGAGCCAUGUCUGCGGCUUCCCCGCCAUGCCGAGCCUAGCGGGGAGCGGGAGGACUGGCGGCCGGGAGGCGCACAAAAUGAAGACCCUGAUGCGCCACGGGCUGGCCGUCUGCCUGGCGCUCACCACCAUGUGCACCAGCUUGUUGCUCAUGUACGGCGGCAUCGGCGGCAUCGGCGGGGGCCACCCGGAGCCGCGGCGGCGGCAGCAGCAGGUGGCGGCGGUGCCCAGCCGGCCCCCCGAGCGCGGCCAGCGCCACCCGGCUCUGCCCGUCGGGGCCGGCCUCCUGGAGGGAUACAUCAGCGUCCUGGAGCACAAGCCGUUAAAGAUGCACUGCAAGAGCUGUGCCUUGGUGACCAGCUCCGGGCACCUCCUGGGCGGCAAACAGGGCGACAGGAUCGACGAGGCCGAGUGCGUGAUCCGGAUGAACGACGCGCCCACCCGGGGCUAUGGAAGAGACGUUGGGAACAAAACGAGCCUGCGGGUCAUCGCCCACUCCAGCAUCCAGAGGAUCCUGCGGAACCGCCACGAACUCUUGAACAUGAGCCACGGCGCCGUGUUCAUCUUCUGGGGGCCAAGCAGCUACAUGCGCAGGGACGGCAAGGGCCUGGUGUACAACAACCUGCAGCUGAUGAACCAGAUACUGCCACGGUUAAAAGUGUACAUGAUUUCUCGCCACAAGAUGCUCCAGUUUGAUGACCUGUUCAAACGGGAAACCGGGAAGGACAGGAAGAUAUCCAACACUUGGCUUAGCACGGGCUGGUUCACAAUGACUAUCGCAUUAGAGCUCUGUGACAGGAUAAAUGUUUAUGGCAUGGUGCCACCGGAUUUCUGCAGGGAUCCUAAUCAUCUUUCAGUACCUUAUCAUUACUAUGAACCUCUGGGACCUGACGAGUGCACAAUGUACCUUUCCCACGAGCGGGGCCGCAAGGGGAGCCACCACCGGUUCAUCACAGAGAAACGAGUCUUCGAGAACUGGGCACGGACAUUCAACAUCCACUUCUUCCAGCCACACUGGAAACCAGAGCCACGCACUGUGACCCGCCCCGAGACCAAACCGCUGCUCUGAGGGGGGAACACACGAGGCCACAGUCACAGUCACCUUCUGUACCAGCCUUUGGACCUCCUGGGACAGCACUGCAACCCGGAGGGGAAGGGGAACAGGGUCUGCAGCUGGGAACUGCAGCAGCAGUCAGGAAGCUGUGAUGGAGGAGCAGCACAUACCAAGAGUACUUUCUGUUGAACUGUCGCCUUUUUGGGCCACCUGACUCCCUGUGUGUGUACGUGAUUUGUGAACAACAACUCGGGUGUCAUUAACAGAUGGUUAAUUCAUUACGGCUUUUUUAAGUACAACGCCACUGGAUUUUCAUAGUGAAAACUUACAGUAUUUAUUUAAUGGAGGUUUUUAUGCAACCUAGGCCAGUAUUUUUCUAAUUCACAGUUAUGUGGUUGUUUAUCUUUCAUAAUCUUUCAAAUGCAAAGUUAAUAUUGCUGAUGGUUUGAAAGGCCUAGCCUUUUAUUUAUAAAAUUCGUUUGAAAUAUAUAAUUCUAUAUAGCAUGUAAUUAAUAUUUGAUCAGGAAAUGUUGCAUUUCUUCUAAAAAAUUUGGGCUCUGUUCCAGCCUAAAGCCUUUAAUGGCAAGAGUGGUCCCAUGUGCAGAUCCAGCUCACUUUACAUUCUGACAUCUCAUGUUAAUAUGAAAACGGUAGUGAAAAUUCUGUUUGAUAUUAAUGUGCAUUUGCUGCUGUGCUAUCAAGCUGCUGUUUUUUAAAUAGGGGUGGGAGGAAGGAGGGCAAACAAAAUUUAUCAAAAAAAACCAAAACCCCACUGGCUAUGGCAGCGUGCUUCUCAGUGAAGACACCAGGCUGAGGCUGGAGGGGUUGUGUUCUGUCAUUUGUACUCCUGCAAGAGGCUGACAGGGACCCUCCUGAGGCAACAGACUACAAACCAGGCCACAACUGCUGGAAAGAACAUGACCAAAUUUCUAGAAUGAAGAAGUUAAACUACCAGGUACUACAAUAGCAUUCAUACUUGCCAGAAAGAUCACAACACUGCACCUGCAAAAAUCUCUGCCUUACGGAGUUCCAAGAUCAUCACUGAGCUCAGAGAUUGUGGAUCACGUUGAAGCUGGGCUGUGAAAAGAGUUCCCCAAGUACAAAGUUGUCCUCUUGAAAAGAGCAAAGUUAAACUUUGCAUUUUUUUCCAUGAAGUACCUGUAUGUGCAUGGCAAGUCCCUGCGAGCCAAGGGGAAGGACAAUGCUCGUGCUGUGUAAGGAACCUCCCAGUGGGAAUUACUGGGUUACAUUUGGCUUGAGAAUAAAGAAGAUUUCAGUUACAGUAUUAUUUUUGCUUUUGCUUCACAAGCCUCAAACCUCUGAUUUCUUCGAAGUAAUGAGUAACUAUUGCAUGAAACGUACCUCAGGUGAUGGAAGGUGUCUCUCAUUAGACAAAUGUGAAAGCCAGAACAAAGAUACUACCUUUAAACAUCCAAAUCCAAGAAGCUGAACCUCAGAGGUGAUGCGUAGAACUGGGACCAAACUCACUAUCAUUUAAACCCCCUUUUAACCCAUGGUCUUCCUCUUUCCAAAACUGAAUAGCAAUAGCUGCAGCUGCCUGACAGACAUCCUGAUCCUCUGGGAACAAAGUGAACUGCCCUGUCAGGGGCAAAACAGUGUUACCCCUGUAACACUGUCUGGACCUGAAGUGCAGGCCUCCAAGAGCCACUGUCCUGCUGCAGCCCUCCCCAGUAUCAAAAAGUAAGAAACUAUAACCUAUUUUGCCUUAAAAGCUUUAUUUGGGUGUUCUUCCUGGUGCACACCGCUCAGCAUACAAACAAUGCCAAUUGCUUGUAACCUGUCUCUCCUCAGCUGGUGUUCAGCUCUCCCUCUUUCACUGAUGGUGUUUUAUUCCUUCCACUUGACUUCACUGCGUUCUACAGAAACCAGAAUGGAUUCUGAACUCGUGGUAAUUUGAACAUCCCUUUCAACAUGUGUACUGGGGCAUGUAUCCAGCAGAUGUUGCUCCAAUUGAUGAAAUCUGUCAAAUUGAUUUACAGAUAAUUUCUAAUGUGACUGCAAGAGAUGGUACAGAUCAUGGUAAGUCCUCUGAUGCCACCGUCCUUGUUUUAUUAGUGAUAUAAUAAUAAAAAGAUCUUGUCAUUCUAAACUAGAGCUCUUAGUUUUUCCAUUAAUUGAGGGCUGCAGGAUGUGUAUGCUGUAUGUUUAGUUAUGUUAUCGUUAAAAACAGAUCAUUUAAAGAUGGAUUACACUGGUCUACUUCUAGUAUUCAGUAGAAACAUGGGGACUUGCCAGACUCCACUGUGUUCCACAUGCUUGUUUCCUGUCUGCAAGACUGGUCAGCGUCAAACAGAUCAGGUGAAGCAUUAAGAAUAUAAAAAACAUGGGAUAAACUGGCACUAAAUCUCCUGACUUUUAAGAGAGCGAAGCUAAGGAUUGUAACUUAUUCCUUGUUCAGCUUCUGUUAAUAACUGUGUUCUUCCUACCCCCAUACACAGCCAGUCUUUUAAACCAAACAAACCCAAACUCACUUUGGUCUCAUCAGCCUCCUGUGAUGUUUGAGCAAGGUCCCCCAUCUAAUUACAAAAAGUAUGAAGGAGCAUUUUCUGUGAGUAAGGGACACCUAUAUAUAAAAAAAGAAAUCUGAUGAAGCCAAGGAGACAGCAAGUUUUGAACAGAUCACACAGAUUUAUAUGGAACAUAAAUCGAGUGCAAAAAGCACAAGUUAUAAGAGUGCAAAAGAAAUGGAAAUAAUUGUUAAAGUGCUGCAAUUUUAAUUCACAAAUUACUGAUGUAUUUCUCUAUAAAAGCACAAGUUUUGAACUGCAGAAUAUCCUGAAGCAAGGUUUUAUGGCCUAGUUAUAAACCAAACAGAUUUAUGAUAGAAAAUGCUGUCAGCCCAGGGAUAAGUAGUACAAACCAGGCAUUGCUGCCAUUCUCUGCUUUCUGCUGUCACCUCACACUCUUUGCUGUAAUUUGAUUAAUUCGUGAUCUGCAGCACAUCAUUUCACAUAUUAAAAGCUGUUCCAAAACAGUGUUUAUAGACAUCAGCAAUUUUAAGAUCUGUGUUACUUUAGUUCUGAACUCCUCGGUACCUUCAGGCUGUUACGUGUGGCUUCCUUGGAGGAGCAGUUUUUCAUCUCGAAGAACCACAGCUCUUGUGCCAUGAUGUGUGCAACUGGGGUUGAGAAUGAUAAAGAAAAUAAGCAAGUAAGAACAGAAAAAUACCACAACUGCUUUCUGUUAUGUUGGCACAAGGGCUGCAGGAUGCCCAGCUGAGCAUCGUGGUACGAAGCCAAAACCAUGAUGCACUUGGAGAAAACCAUCCAUCCAAAGGGCUAAAGCACCUCAGAAAGACAAGUUAACACUGGAUUCCUGGGGAGGGAAAGAAACUGAGACUAAGUUACAGCCUUGGAACUAGAUUUGGAAGAGAUUGAGGUCUGCUGACUGGCAGCCCUGGCUCGAUGCAGUGGCACUGCCACAGGUAUUCAUACACAUGAACAG